GCAAUCUCUUUCGAUCACUCGGAAAAAACCAUGCCCCUAUCCCCUGUCAAGGAAGAGGGCGACAUCGUGCUUAGCCUGAAGGGGGCCCGUUCGUCCUCGUCUUCUGAAGACCCUGCUGUCACAGAAAAACCUGAUGCGAAGCGGCGGCGUUGGUUCAUAUCUUCUGAACUCCUGGACGCCCCGCACCAGAACCCGGACCCGGUCCACCAAGCAAAACCCUCUGAAGACCCUGAUGUCCCGGUCCAGCAAGCGACGACCUCUGACGGGGUCCAGCCCUCUGAACCUCUUACGCUGCAGGAGAUUAUGAAGAAGCACCCGAGAAGACAGUCCAAAGAGGAGCAGCUCGAGUAUGCUGAGCAUUAUGCCAAGUGGAAGGCUCCAUGGGUCACAGAUUUUCACAACCGCGUGCUGGCCAUCAUUGCGGAGUUUGGAGGAACCAAGCUAAAAGACCAGACUUUUACUCCUGAAACGCUAGCUGCUGCUGAAGCUAACAUGAAGAAGCACCGUGAUACACCUUUUCGGAAUCAUGUUGAUUUUCUGAAACGUAGUAGGGUAGAAAACCCAAACGAAAAAGAUGCAUGGAACAAAUUUGUCGAUAGUCAAAAGAGUACAUGGACAUGUAAGAUUUGUUUGAAGACAGGGGAGCAUAUGAGUUUGGAGUGCCCGUAUCUCGACUAUGUCCCAGAAGGCGCAUCUGUUGGCCCUGGUGUUGAAAUAUAUUGCAAGGGUUGUACAUUUAAGGGGAAGCACGAUAAUACGAAUUGUGUUAAGCGUGCUUAUCGCAUGCAGUGCUGCAUUUGUGGAGCAGGCCACUGGGCUACUGAUUGCCCGCUUGCCAAACAGCACACGACGAAUCCAUAA